UCAACACUUGAGCAAAGUCGAUUCAAUUAUCGAUAAAUUUAGAUAAAGUGUCGAGAAUUCUGACUACAGAACUACGCCAACUACUAUAAGACUGAAUAAUGACUUUUUUCCAGGUGACGGUUAUGUUGUGGUCACUACUGUGCUGCGUAGUUUCAUUUUCACAAAUUUCGAAUUUCAUUGAAACUAUUCACUGGAAUUGGUGCAUAACAGUUGGACUGAUGUGGUUUCUGGAUAUCAUUCUACUAAUCAGAAUGAUACUGAUGGUGACUGGAAGAAUUACUCAAAUACUCGGUAGUCCUGAUGUGGGAAGAAGAUUCAGUCAGGCAGUAACAUUUAGCGUUAUCGUGUGGAAAUUGGCUGUGCAGACUGUUCUUUGGUUGUAUUUAAAGGAGAAUAUUGGAGGUCUACCAUAUGACCGAUAUCUAACUUUCAAUCAGCGUAGUUCAUUUUCUCAACAGAAAAAGGAGAAAAAGAUACUUCCGAGACAUCGUGCAGUUUUCGCAGUAUUUCCAUUUUGGACUACCAUGCUCAUAUGCUUAUUAGCAGUGUGCAGUCAGAUUGUAAAAUUCGAUAAGUCAUCACUUGGUUGGAUAUUUCGUGGAAAUGAACAACCAAUUGAGAGUCAUAAAGGCGAGAAACGACAGGAUGCAGAAUUUUCACCAGAACAUUCCGUGUUGGAGUAGUGAAUCGCCCUUUGAUUAUUUUGUCAGAUCAUUAUCACUUAUUAUCAGGAAACAACUAUUGUCAUAUACAUCUCGAACAGAAAUAUUUGUAUGUUGUGUAUAUGAAUUACGGCUUGGUUCUACGGGUGGUGUCAGAUAACUUGUAGACACUUUUCCUUCCAUUGAAGCAGUCAGUGUUCAUCAGGUGACAAAAUAUUACAGAUUUCCGUCUCUUACUUUCCAUUAGUUUUCUUCAUUGUUUUUUUUUUCAUGUGAUGAAGCAUCCUGUUCUCAUCGCUAAUGUCAUUC